AUGGCAGAAAUUUUAUUGAAAAAUUCUCCAACAUAUCCGCUUGCUGCAAAACCAGUCGAUUUGAGCCUUCUGAGCGAACGAGAUCCAUUAGCACUAACAAUUGAAAACGUAUGCACUCCAGAAGAAUGUCAAUCUUUAAUCGAUCUUUCCGAAGCUGGUGGAUAUGAGAUCGCCUUAGUAAACGUGGGCAGUGGACGACAAAGGCUUAUAACUAAUGUAAGAAAUAAUUACAGUCACAUUCGAGACGAUCCAGUGAUAACUAAUGUUCUUUGGAAGCGAAUCGAACAAUUUGUUCCUGCUGUUUGGUAUGAUAGACCUGUAGUCGGACUCAGUGAAAGAUUGCGAUUUUUGCGAUACGAUCCAGGUCAAAAAUUUGAAGCUCAUUGUGAUGGAACAUAUGUUCGUCCAGAUGGCAGCGAAAAAAGCUGUAUCACUUUCCAGUUGUAUUUGAAUGAGGGAUUCGUUGGCGGUGAAACUAGUUUUUUGUCAUAUUCUUUGAGCAGGGUUAAAGUUAAAGUUGUUCCAAAAACUGGAAUGGUUUUAGUAUUUCAGCACAAUUUGCUACACGAAGCAUCAAUAGUAAUUGAAGGAAGAAAAUACGCCAUUAGAGCUGAUAUAAUGUAUAAAACUGAACGAAUUAAAUAA